CCUGAAUCUACAGACGUAAAUGACGAUUCCUUUAGUUCUCUCUUUUUUGAUGGCCUAAGAGAAUCUGUUCAUGAGCUGAGAGAUAAACUGGAGGAUUUCUGCAAAAAGGAGCUCAAGAAGAUCUCAGACAGAGUUGCUACUACAGGUCCCUCUGUGUACUACAACCAGUCUUCAGCAGAUUAUUCACAUCCGCUACAUACUGCUACAAAAAUUACACCAACAAAGGGCCCUGUAAAAGGGAUGAAUCGACUUCUUCCACAGCAGCAUAUGUAUGCCUACCAACAAUCAACACACACCCCACCUCUCCAGUCACCAGCAGUCCCAUUUGGCACUGUAUUUGGUGCUCAGUUUACCAAGAAAGAGGGUCAGUGGGACUGUGACUCCUGCCUAGAGAGGAAUGAAGCCUCAGCAACUGAAUGUGUUGUUUGCAAAGUCACCUGCAGCAUUGAAAAAAGUAAUGCAGCAACACAAGGUGGGUUAGCUGCCUUGUUUGGUAAAAAAGAUGGACAGUGGGAUUGUGAUACUUGCCUGGUAAGAAACGAAGGUUCAUCUAACCAUUGUGUUUCAUGUCAGACAGCAAACCCAAAUUUUAAAAACAAGACCUUUGCUGCACCGUCAAGUUCCUCUUUUACUUUUAGUUUCGGAAGUUCUAGCAGCCAACCUGCUGCAACAGGAUUUAAAGCCAAUUUCUGUCCAGGCCCUGCUUUUCAGUUCGACACAUGUAAGGAUAAAGCAUCCUCAGAAGGCUUCAAGUUUGAGUCCUCUACAACGAAGGCUGAGAAGUCCUCAAGCAGGUUUUUGUUUUCCAUGCUGGCGCCUGUUGGUGGAUUUAAGUUUGGCAUUGCAGAGGCUGAGGCAAAACCAUCAGACAGACAGUCACAAAAUGGAUCUGCAUCUGACCUCCUCAAAAAUAUUGCAGAGCUUCACAAAGAGAAAGAAAAAGAGGCAGCCCCAAGUUCCUCAGAUCAGUCUGUAGACGCUGAUAGCCACACUAAUAAUCCCCUCAUUACUGGAAAGCCUAACACCUUUAGUUUCGCUGACUUGGCUAAGUCACAAGGCAGUUUUCAGUUUGGCCAGAAUGAUCCCGCUUUCAAAGGCUUUGCAGGGGCUGGCAAGCAGCUCUUUACUGGAGUUCAUUGCCGCCUCAAGGCAGACACCUCUGUUGAUCAAGAUGAUGAAAUGUACAUAACCGAGGAGAAUGACCAUAUUCAGUUUGAGCCCGUUGUUCAGAUGCCGGAGAAGGUCAACCUUGUUACAGGGGAAGAAGAUGAGAAAGUCAUGUAUUCACAGCGCGCCAAGCUCUUCAGAUUUGAUAUGGAAAUAAGCCAAUGGAAAGAAAGAGGAGUCGGCAACCUUAAACUGCUCAAGAAUAACCAGAACGGGAGACUUCGAGUUCUUAUGAGGAGAGAGCAGGUGUUGAAAGUGUGUGCUAAUCAUUGGAUCACAACCGCAAUGAACUUAAAGCCCCUCUCUUGCUCGGAUCGAGCCUGGAUGUGGAUGGCCAGUGACUUUUCAGACGGAGAUGCCAAAUUAGAACAACUUGCUGCUAAAUUCAAAACACCACAGCUUGCAGAAGAGUUCAAGCUGAAAUUUGAGGAGUGUCAGCGACUGCUUUUGGAUAUUCCUUUGCAGACGCCUCACAAGCUCGUGAACACUGGCAGAACGGCCCAGCUUAUAAAGCAAGCUGAAGAAAUGAAAUCUGGGCUUAAGGACCUCAAAUCAUUCUUGACUUGCCAAAACAAGGAUGACGAAAGUGCCAAAUGA